UGCUCUUCGACGCAGUUAGCUCGAAAAUCGUUGUAAAAUUGUAAUUGAUAUCGAAAUUUCAAUGGGUUUAAGAUGGAAUACUGUGGUUUGUUCGAUUGUGCAGACAGAGUUAAAGAGGAGCCUAAGGACGUGCUGCCUAAUGAGAAUGAUUGGGAUACGAUUGACGAAAAACCAGAUCUUAAAAACUUCCAACUCUUACCAUCUUUGCAAGAAAAUACCAUCCUUACUCUUCGAAAGUAUGCCGAGAAUCAUGAACGUAAACUCGAUGACGAAGUGGAAAUAAUCGUAGAAUGUGAAGAUGUCAAGCUUAACAUGGAUUUAUUCAAAGUCGAAAAAUUUGACAUCGAUUUUCAAAAUCUCUUGCAGGGUAGAAAGAAUAAUGAUGGUUGUAAAACCCAAAACGUAGUUAAAAUGGAACCCACGGAGGAAGUACAACAGGCAUCUUUUGUGAACACCGCAGAAGAAUCGAAUUUGAAUUUGGUCUGUAAACGUGGCGAACAAAAUAAAACAAGAAAAAUAACAAAAGAGUUGAACAACGAACGUAACCACAAAAGACACCAAGGUACGAUGCAUAAUGCUAGAACUUACAUAUGUGAAACAUGCGGCAAAAAUUUCGCAUCUCAGGGCAAUCUGAACAAGCAUGUCAUAUCAGUACAUAAUUAUACUACCCACUCAUGUGAUACAUGUGGCAAGAAAUUUGCGCAAAAAGGUAAUCUUAAAAUCCACAUCGAUUCAGUGCACAAUGGUGUCAGACAUGUAUGUGACAUUUGCGGAAAUGUGUUCAAACGAAAACAGCUUCUCAAAAUCCACAUCGAGUCGGUGCAUCAAAAAAUCAGGCAUCCAUGUAAUAUAUGCCAAAAUACAUUCUCAAAAAGGAGUAGUCUCAGAAAGCACAUCGUUUCCGUGCACAACAAAAUCACGCAUGCAUGUGAUAUAUGCCAAAAUACAUUCUCAGGCAAGAACAGUCUUAAAAAACAUAUUGAUUCGAUGCAUAGUGGUAUCACACAUGCAUGCGACAUUUGCGGAAAUGUGUUAAAACGAAAAGAUGAUCUCAAAAAACACAUCGAUUCGGUUCACAAUCGAGUGCGGCAUGUAUGUGACAUUUGUGGAAAGACAUUCACACAAAAAAGUAAUCUCAAUACUCACAUCGAGUCGGUGCAUAAGAAAAUUACGCAUCCAUGUGAUGCAUGCCAAAAGAUAUUCUCAAAAAAGAGUAAUCUCAAAACUCACAUCGAUUCUGUGCAUAAUAAAAUCACGAACACAUGCGAUAUAUGCCAAAAGACAUUCUCAGAUAAGAGUUAUCUAAAAAAACACAUCGAUUCAAUGCAUAAUGGUGGCGGACAUGCAUGCGAUAUUUGCGGAAACAUAUUCACACAAAGACAACAACUCAAAACCCAUAUGGAUUCCGUGCAUCAUAAAAUCAAGCAUCCAUGUAAUAUAUGCAAAAAGACAUUCGCAGAAAAGGGUUAUCUCAAAAAACACAUUAAUGCGAUACAUAAUGGUUAUUCACAUGCAUGUGAUACAUGUGGCAAGACAUUUGCGCAAAAAGGUAAUCUUAAAAUCCACAUCGAUUCAGUGCACAAUGGUGUCAAACAUGUAUGUGAUAUAUGCCAAAAGAUAUUCGCAACGAAAGGUAAUUAUAAAACCCACAUCGAAUCGGUGCACAACAAAAUCACGCAUGCAUGUGAUAUAUGCCAAAAUAUAUUCUCAAGCAAAAGCAGUCUUAAAAAACACAUCGAUUCGAUGCAUAGUGGUGUCAGACAUGCAUGCGAUUUUUGCCAAAAGAAAUUCUCAGACAAGAGUAAUCUCAAAAGACACAUUAAUGCAAUGCAUAACGGUGAUUCACAUGCAUGUGAUAUUUGUGGAAAGGCAUUCACUCUAAAAGGUAAUCUUAAAACCCACAUCGAUUCGGUGCACAAUAGAGUCGGACAUGCAUGCGAUAUAUGCCAGAAGACAUUAACAAAAAAAGGUAAUCUCAAAAUUCACAUCGAUUCAGUUCAUAGAAAAAUUGCCCAUGCGUGCGAUACAUGCGGCAAGACAUUCGCCUCGAAGCAAACUCGCAAAAAGGAUUCGGUACAUGCCUCGUGUAUUGAAAUUCGAUAA